GCUCGUCCGCCGCCCUGCGCCAUGGCGGGUUGCAUGGCGCGGGCUCCGCCGGGCUCCGAGGCGCGCCUCAGCCUCGCCACCUUCCUGCUGGGAGCCUCGGUCCUCGCGCUGCCGCUGCUCACGCGCGCCGGCCUGCAGGGCCGCACCGGGCUGGCGCUCUACGUGGCGGGGCUCAACGCGCUGCUGCUGCUGCUCUACCGGCCGCCGCGCUACCAGAUAGCCAUUCGCGCUUGUUUCCUCGGUUUUGUCUUUGGCUGCGGCAUGCUGCUAAGUUUUAGCCAGUCUUCUUGGAAUCACUUUGGCUGGUACAUGUGCUCCCUGUCACUGUUCCACUACUCGGAGUACUUAGUGACGGCAGUCAACAAUCCCAAAAGUCUGUCCUUGGAUUCCUUUCUCCUGAACCACAGUCUGGAGUAUACCGUAGCUGCCCUUUCGUCUUGGAUAGAGUUCACACUCGAAAAUAUCUUCUGGCCAGAGCUGAAGCAGGUGACCUGGCUGAGCGUCACCGGACUGCUGAUGGUGAUCUUUGGGGAGUGCCUGAGGAAAGCGGCCAUGUUUACCGCCGGCUCCAACUUCAACCACGUGGUGCAGAAUGAAAAGUCCGACACCCACACGCUGGUGAGGAGCGGCGUGUACGCCUGGUUCCGGCACCCGUCCUACGUCGGAUGGUUUUACUGGAGUAUCGGGACCCAGGUGAUGCUCUGCAACCCUGUGUGUGGGGCGGCCUAUGCCUUGACGGUGUGGCGGUUCUUCCGAGAUCGGACAGAAGAGGAGGAGCUCUCCCUGAUCCACUUCUUCGGGGAGGAGUACCUGGAGUAUAAGAGGCGGGUGCCCACAGGCCUGCCCUUCAUUAAGGGCGUCAAGGUGGAACUAUAACAGAUGGUGGUGGGCCAGGCGGCGUGAGGGCCCAACUCCGAGGCCCCCUGCCACCGGCUGGCCCCCCCAACAGGAGGGACUUUGCUACUAAUCGUUUUCUAUGUCACCUGUGACCCUUCUGGAAUGUCACUCAAGAGCAGGCGGUCAGAUGGCCUUAGGAACCAAGGGACCCAGCAGGUGAUGUUCUCCUGUGCAGAGCGGAGGGCGGACAGACCGGCAGGCCCACGGAGCGCAGACCACAGCAGCACUCGGCGGCCCAGGCAGGGCCCCCUCCCCCAGGCACAUGUGCCCAUCCCCAUGGCAGGCUCCUUGAGGGAGCAAAGCCGCUGGGCACCUCGAGGCCAGGACCAGCCCAAAGCGGGGGCCCCAUCCCCAAUGGCGUUAGAAAGACAUUUAACCCUUUCAUUUUACAGGGCGUCUCAGAGGGCAGGGCUGUAACCUCUUUAUUUCUGUCCUCAAAUGCAUGAGCGUCUAUACAUACGCUUUUAAAGGCACUUCCUGCUAAGACAUACUGGGUUGUCAUGUAUUUAACUGUAUUGGCAUAUCUAUUUUUGGUAACAGCAGUGUAGAUUCUAAGGGGGCUCUGGCCAGGUUACAGCUGCAACUUCUACAGGUCAGCAAGAUUUUCCAGCCCAGCAUGGCCCAGGCCACACUGACCAGGCCCCCACCCAGUCCAGAGAGGCCCUAGGGCUCCUUGGGGCUGUGAUCAGUGGCGGGUACGUCAAAAACCGUGUCCUUGGUGGCUGCCUGCCCGCUCCAGGCAGGGUGUCGGAGUCCUCUGUCCACACGGGCUUUUCUUCUCCCCAAUGCUGACGUGUUCCUGCUCAGCUUACCGUGGCCAUUGCCUCUGCUGUUGGUGUCCCCCGGCUUGUGCCACCUAGUGCCGACCAGACCGUCCCGUCCAAAGGGGUCUGUGCGGAGCCAGCUGCCUCAUGGGAAAUCUUAGGUAGAGCAAGACACCCUGUCUGAGUCAAUAUUGCCCCACCCCCACCCCUGGCUUGCCUUUCCGAAGCAGAUGGUAAGUUGUAGGUGGCGGGAAGCCUGUUUGAUUCUGCACUAGGUCCGGAACAGGCCUGAGGAAAGCCCUGCCGCCCUAUGUCACGGUGGCACUGAUGGAUCACCAAGGUGAAGGCGGCCUGGCCCCACGGCCAGAGCAAAGCUCUUUGGCCAGGCCAUGCCACACGGAGCCCAAGAGGAGCCACCUAACCUUUCUGUGCCUAGAUGGCCCCAUCUGUAAAAUGGGGUCCAUACCACCUACCUCACAGGGGUGUUGUAAGGAUGUAGAACCACGUCAGACGUCCUCAGUAACUUGGAUGAGAGUCAUGACCCGGAUGCAAUCAUUACUGUCGGAGAAGUCUGUGAAAAUCCCACGGAGAAGGAGACGCUGGGGUUCACUGUACCAGACGCCUACACUGUAUGCUUAAAAGAGAAUAUCCACCGCUCAGAAAAUUACUUAUUUCUAGAUGUCGCUGCUUAAUUCGUUCCGUGUUGUUAUAUAUAUACACACACCAAAGAGGUUUAGGUUCGUUGAUGGCUAGCGUAAGAAUGAGACAGGCUGGCCUCUGCCCCCACUCCUGUGCUCAGAGCCUGGCCGAGGCCCUGGAGGAGUGGAAUCUCGCAAAGCCCUUCCUGGGAGCCGCAAAGGCAUGUCUGUGGCAGAUAGAGAGCCACUCAGGACAGGCUGUGUGGGUGGGAAGGCUGAUGAUGGUGAUACUGUCCAGAAAACCCCUGCCCUGCCAGCCCCCCAAGCUUGCACAAGCCCAGGAGGCAGUCUUUAGUGCUUCUCCCAGGAGACACUGCUGCUGUCCCACCCCUGGGCUCUGCGGGGCUCUCCCAGGCAAUUCCACGAGGUGGGGGUCUGUGCGAGAACCUCCCCACCCUGGCUUGUGAUCCCACGGCUGAUGUCAGCAGGGUCUGUCGUAAGCCACAUGCUCUCAGAGGGCAGGGUUGGUGAGUAAUCUCCAUCCCGGGGCCACACAUUUCCUGUGACACCCCUAAGUUUGCCAGUGAAUUGUCCCACCUGCAGAGAAUCAGUUCAAUGAGGUAACAGCCGGGGGUGGGGGUGGGGUGCUGCUCACAAUCAAGGCCAGGUAGCUGGUCUCUUCAAUUUAAGUCACUGUCAGCUGUCUGUCUCCAUCAGGGAUUUGAAGGUAGACGUUCUUAGGUGGGGAAGAACACAUCGCCCAGAACACAGCUGCAUUGAGCCAGCGUGAAGCUGAACGGGCUGGCUGGCUGCAGCAGAGGUGAGGUGGUGAGCCUUCACGGGGCAGAAGGUAGCACGCCCUACUUCCCCAGCCACAAAAAGCACCCCUUGCCAGGGCGCCUUACUUCUGGAAUCAUCUGAGUGGUUACAUGAUCAAGGGAAAAUAUACCCAGACCAGGAAUUCGUAUUAACGUUUUAGGCUCGAGAAGGUCUGAAUCAUACCCGUCAUCUUGGUGGCCGGGCCCUCUAACGGGUCAACAGCAGUAAGCCGCUGUCCUUUCUCUGCACUUUUUCUUAUGCCUUAGAUAGUUGGCUAUCCCUUUGUAGCUUGCUUUUGCCGGAGUUCAAGGUGAGGAGCCCUCGGUUGCUCUGUCACAGAGGGACGCUUCCUCUGGCCCCUGCAGGGAGGGGCUGGGCCCCACCACUCAGGGUGGCCUCACCGCCAGGAGAGUAACUCAGCAGAGUGAUUAUUUACUCUUCUUUUUACACACAGAAGUUUAAACUAUUUUAUGUUACCUUAAAAUUCUUUAAGUGGGAUUUUCCCUUGGCCGGUAACUGCUUUUUUUUCCUCUCCGGUUUGUAAAUAAAACUACUCGAUUUGACCGUGA